GUCCCCUCUCAGAUCCUCGCCGAUCCACUGAGAUCCUCUCAGACCCACAUCUCUCUCUCUCUCUCCCUCUCUCUCUCUCUCAAACACACACACAUUUGUCACCCACGGCUCCACAUGAACACCGGGACCAGAACCAGGACCAGCCCAAACCUUCUCGACCGUCGUGUUUGGAUGAGGACAAAGUGAUCAUCUGAAGGAAUUAUCUCCCCCUGCUUUUCCUGGAAAAGUUUCCAGCGGGAGCGAGCAGCGGGAGCGAGCCGAUGGGAAGAACUUUGUUCCGGGUACCUUUCCACAUGGCUCCAACGUCACCUAGGAGGUGAAGUCGCCACACUUCCUUCCCAGAAUUUUGCUUUCACUGCUCGCCGACCUGCGUUCCUUCUCGCCCGCCGGAACCCCCGCGCUCACGUCCAACAUGGCGUCCAGUCUGACAUGCGCCGGCGCGCUGUGGGCGCUGUUGUCGCUGCUGUGCGCCGCCGCCUCCUGCGUGGGCUUCUUCAUGCCCUACUGGCUGCUGGGCGCGCAGAUGGACAAGCCGGUGUCCUUCGGCACCUUCCGCCGGUGCUCCUACCCGGUGCGGGACGAGGAGCGGCAGACCACGGUGAUGCUGGAGCAGUGCGGCCGCUACGCCUCUUUCGGCGCCAUCCCCAGCGUGGAGUGGCGGAUCUGCACGGUGGUGACGGGCGCCGGCUGCGGCCUCCUCCUGCUGGUGGCGCUCACCGCUCUCAUGGGGUGCUGCAUUUCUGACCUCAUCUCGCGCACCAUCGGCCGCGUGGCGGGAGGCAUCCAAUUUAUCGGAGGCCUCCUCAUCGGCUCCGGCUGUGCGCUGUACCCGCUGGGCUGGGACAGCGAGGAAGUCCAGCAAACGUGCAGCAACAACUCCGACCAGUUUCAGCUCGGUUCCUGCCAGAUCGGCUGGGCCUACUACUGCACGGGGGCGGGGGCGGCGUGCGCCAUGCUGCUGUGCACCUGGAUGUCCUGCUUCGCCGGCAAGAAGCAGAAGCACUACCCGUACUGAGGGGUGGAGCCUACGCACCACCACAUGAUGGCGCCACCGUGCACCACGAGGGACACCACUUGUCCGGCAAACUGCAGGGACUCUUUCAUAACACACACACACACACACACACACACACACACACACACACACACGCUCACACACAGCUCUGAAAGCUUCAAGUUAAGGUGUGGACCAAUCCUCUUUGUAAUCCUUUAUUUAAGCGUUGCUUUGAACUUCUCUUUGUUUUCCUCUUGAUGUUGAUGUGACGUGCGCCCUGCGUUGAAGACUAAAUAAUCACACAGUGGAACCUCCAUUUACGUUAAAGUUUGUGUCGUGAAGCACAUUUCUCCAAAGGGAACGAUGUCAAUAUGAAUAAUGGGUUCCAGCCGGGACCAAAGUCCAUAUUUUAGUGAGGUU